GUUUGCAUGGUUAGUUCCCGACUUGAAUAGUUCAGAGAACGAAUGACACCCAUCUGCAAGUAUUGUGUCACAUAACUGAUGUAUCUUUAAGAUCUUCCAUUACCUACCCCAAUUACACCGGUAUCAACACCAUGAAAAUUUUGAAUAGAAGCUUCAAAACAGGGGAGCUGUUCACAACAUUGAAUGUAUUAGACACGAUCUAAUCGAUAAUCAAAAUCUCUGAGGCUAUUUUAUGGCACCCCCACGCUAAGAACCAAGCAACCUUAAUUAUGCACUUCAUAUCUGCAUAAGCCUCAUUUGUGGCAUCUCACUGCACAAAUUUACACAAAUUUACUAGGAGCAACGUCAUUUUUCACAACCCUUCCACCCCUCCAAACUGGCCCAUCGCAAAAUUCUUAGUGAACAGCAAUCUACCCGAACUUCCAACUUAUAAACGGACGAGGUUUACAUAUACACACAAUUCAAUAUGCCUACAGAAUUAGAGGAAUUGGUUGGCUUCAUCGUCGACCCCAAGCCGGAAAUCCGUGCUCUUGCAACAGAACAUCUCGUCCCCUAUUCGACUUCUCAACCCAGCCUUUUCAAAUCGGAUAAUCUAACGCCUGUCAAAAAUUUGAAACUUUUAGUGAAAGAUCACCCGAAAAUCGCUGAGCACGUUAUAACCAUACUCAUCAAUCUUGCGGCUGAUAAAGAAAUCUUAGAAAACCUCGCAACAGAUGAGAGAUUUCUAGAUGAGAUUUUAAGGCAAAUAAUUAUCGCAACCGAGCCUAAUGCGAAUCUCUUGUCCAUGCUUCUGGCAAACCUUGCGAAGUGGGACUCUAUAAAGAGAAUACUAGACAAGAAGCAACCAUCAUCAAAUGAACUUGGAUCAAGCGAUUUGGUCAUAAACCAACUGGUUGACCUAUUCGUCAAGGGGGCUGACGGGACUUACAAUAGAAACGCCGACUUCGAUCAUUUAGCGUACCUAUUCGCCGAUCUAACAAAACAUGCCGAAAUCCGUCAUUAUUUUGUGCGGAAGCAAGAAUAUGACGGGAUAAUACCCAUCACGAAACUAAAGGUCUUUACCGAGUAUAAAUCAGAUGUCAGACGAAAGGGAGUCGCUUCUACUAUCAAGAACGUCGCCUUUGAUGUACCUUCACAUCCCCUGUUCCUAUCAGAGGAUGACAUCAACAUCUUGCCCUACGUCCUAUUACCAAUCAUGGGGAACGAGGAGUACGACGAGGACGAGAUGAUGUCAAUGCUUCCGGAUCUCCAACUUCUACCGCCCGACAAAGAGCGCGAUGCCGAUCCGAACAUCAUCCAGACGCACGUGGAAACACUAUUACUUUUAUCGAGUACUAGAGAAGGUAGAGAUCAGAUGCGUAGUGUGAAGGUGUAUCCAAUCAUCCGGGAAACCCACUUGCGUGUUAAUAACGAAGGCGUCCAAGACGCUUGCGAGCGGUUAGUCCAAGUCCUAAUGCGAGACGAGGCAGAGCCGGACAAGGUAGAUCAGAUCAAAGCAAUCGAGCAGGGCGACAGUCAGGACAACAACGAAGAAGAUGAUGAUGAUCAAAUUGUCGAAGUGUAAUGGAACAUAACCUGUGUGUAUUCGCACGCAUGCUAUUGGUCAAACUACCAUCCCAUUCCUGCUUGAAAUCGAUAGAACCUAAAGAAUCGCUUCAGCCGCUUCGGCGAUGCAGAUA